UCCAUCCGACGUCACGCGCUCGAUCAUCUUUUUCGCGUUCUCCCAAAUCGAGAAGGGCAGGAAUCCAGAAGCCGUACGCGGCCUUCACGAUCGGAUGCGAGAGAGAGCCUUUCUGCCGCCGGAGAUGUGUCGCCUAACUGUGUAUCUUCUUUGCUUAUCUCGGGUAGCCUCCAAUGCUGACUUCACUGAUGAGAUUUUUAGUCCAGGUCCUGGUCUGUAGUAAAAGUUCUGUUAAUUAAAUUGCUAGACAGGCUACGUGGAUACAAGUACACUAGAGAGUAUUAGUCAGGUGUUAGCUGUUGUUUCUGUCAGUAAAAAUGGAACAGAACAUCGUAAAGGUGUUGGAUAAAGGGAAAAGGCAUGAUCUCAAGAGGAAGAGAGAUUCUUCUAUGGCUUUCACUGCUGAUGGCCAUGGCCUAACAACACAUGAGCAUAUUGGAGGCCAAUCCUAUGCACGUGCCUGCACGAUAACCGAAUGUAAAUCUAACUUAGGCUGCUAUCAAGGGAAUUACAUUGUCAAGAAUUAUUGCAAUUUCACCAAAAGUGGGUCACCACAGCGUGUGCUGUUCUAUGAAAAUGAUGAAUGGAAAGAUUUUCCAACAAAAGUUAUUAAUGCGGUUCAGGAAAAUUUCAACAUGAAGAAGACAAUUACCGAAGCAAACUAUCUGGGUCAACAAAUUUUGCUAGAUUUCAUUCACCUGGUUAGUAUAAUGUUGCAAACUGGUUUGAUGAAGCCAAUAGCUUGGAUUGAUGAUUGUGGAAAAUGCUUUUUCCCAGAAUCAUAUGCUAAUCGUUACACCUCAAAUAGAUGCCAUUGCUCUGACAAAGAAGACCAAACUCAUACUUGUUCUAAACCAAAUGGGGCACAUGUAAAAAAUGUUGAUCUCCAUAUGUCAAUUAGUGCAGCUGAAAGCUCAACUUCAGUUGCUGAUGAUGAGGUUUUGCCAAAUUUCAAACGGGUUAAAAGCGAACAGAUUUCUGCCACUGACCAAAACAAUUGUGCUGAUAUUAAUGAAGCAGUUGGUGAAAAUGAAAUGGGUUGUGCUUUUCAUUUAGAUAUUCCUGCUUUUGAAACUUAUCUUCAGGUACCUAAUGGUGGGCAUCAACUUAAUAGAGCUGUGCAGGAAAUGCUACUACAAGGAUUAGGCAGGGUAAUUGAUGAAAAAGACAUUGUUGGAAUUUAUAGAACUCCAUUGACAAAUAUUUUAGGUCAAGUUCGAUUUAACCUUUUCAAGCGCUCACUCAAAAGCAUAAAGAAUAUGCGAGCAUUGCAAACAUAUCUCAUUUUGAACUAUGGCUCACUUGUGCAUCCUAUCGACAGUGCUAGUUAUGCUGACGUUGACAAAAAUGGUGCUACCCAUCUUAUGUUGUGCCGCAUAGUCAUGGGGAAUGUAGAACUCAUAAAUUCUGGAUCUGAACAGUCUCAUCCUACGAAUGAUAAUUUUGACACUGGCAUAGAUAAUCUUCAGAAACCAAAGCAUUAUAUCAUAUGGGACAUCAAUAUGAAUACCCAUAUCUAUGCAGAAUAUGUAGUGACUUUUAAGAUGACCAACAAACUUAAAGCUUUUUUAAACUGGAAAAACAGUGGAUCUCAUGCAUUUGCCAUCCAGAAUUCUAGUUCGUCUGAUUGCCAAUUACAGGAGAAGGUUUUCCAGUCAACUCCAGAAUUUGGAAAUCACUCUCAGGAUCCAGUGGCAGGAAAAGUUCCAAGAGUUCCAACCUCACCAUGGAUGCCAUUUUCAAUGCUAUUUGCAGCAAUUUCUACCAAAGUGCCUUCUGAAGACAUGGAUUUAGUUCACACUCAUUAUGAUGACUUUAAGAAGAGAAAGAUAAGCCGAAUCGACUUGGUUAAGAAGUUAAGGCAGAUAAUUGGAGACAAAUUGUUGGUUUCAACUAUUGUAAGACUGCAACACAAGCUACCACCAGCUAGAAACGAAGUGCAAAAUUCCUGGUCCCGUAAGUUGCUUCCCCAGCCUCAAGAUGGACAGUGAUGAGUUAAACUUCCAGCUAUUUCUUUCUGUAAGCUUCCAAAUGCUUGUCUGAAUUGUGCAUUAGUAGUUUAUGUUCAAGAUUACUGUAAGAUUUUUAGUCGAUGGCAUGUGAGCCUCCAUAUGACUUGACAUAAAAAAAACACCUUAAGAAAUUUUAUGUCGCAGACUGCAAAGAAGGAUGGGGACGUCCGUUGGCUCUCUUCUUAAUUAAUAGUCUUCUCUCAA